AUGAAGAAGAAUGAUCCGUUUUGGAAGUGCGCUUGUGGCUUUACAGUACACGUAAGUUUACCGUAGUUUAGUGUAAACGUAAUUACCCUACCCUACCCUACCCUACCCUACCCUACCCUACCCUACCCUACCCUACCCUACCCUACCCUACCCUACCCUACCUUACCCUACCCUACCUUACCCUACCCUACCCUACCCUACCCUACCCUACCCUACCCUACCCUACCCUACCCUACCCUACCCUACCCUACCCUACCCUACCUUACCCUACUCUAUCCUAUCCUACCCUACCCUACCCUGCCCUACCGUACCCUAUCCUACCCUACCUUGCCCUAUCCUAUCUUACUCACACUAUCACAAAGAUAGUACAUACUGUAAGUCUUACUGUAGCAUUAUAAAGUAAAAUAUUUUAAGAAUGCUAUGUUCUUUGUGUCAUUUGUGGGCAUUGUCAUCAGUGUAGCCAGCGUGGUAAUCGGUAUUAUGUCGAAAAACUACUCUGAUGCUGCUUUGAAUGUGAUUUCCUUAAUCACGUACUUUUUGGUGUUUUUGGCUAGACUACUGCACAAACCAUGGUUAUAUCUGCCACUAAUUGUAUUUCAUGUAAGUUCAGUCUACUAUAACUAAGCCUAAGAUUAUUUUUUUUAAAAUCUAUGUUUGCUAAGCUUAAAAAUACUAAUUUUAAGUCUAUUGCAAUUAAAUCUACUAAGUUUAAGCCUAAGCUUUGUGAACCUACAAAAAAAAAUGCUCAAUAAGUCUAAACUUUCUAAGCCUAACUCUUUUAAGCUUAAGCUCUCUGGGGUUAAGCCUACCAAACCAAGGCUUAUUAUAUCUAAGCCUAAGCCUACCAAGUCUAAGUUUACUAAGCCUAAGCCUACCAAGUCUAAGUUUACCAAGUCUGAGCCUACUAAGCCUAAGCCUACUAAGCCUAAGCCUACUAAGCCUACUAAGCCUACUAAGCCUAAGCCUACUAAGUCUAAGCCUGCUAAGCCUAAACCUACCAAGCCUAAGCUUACUAACCCUAAGCUUACUAAGCCUAAGCCUACCAAGCCUAAGCCUACUAAGUCUAAGCCUACUAAGCCUAAGCCUACUAAACCUAAGCCUACUAAGCCUAAGCCUACUAAGUCUAAGCCUGCUAAGCCUAAACCUACCAAGCCUAAGCCUACUAACCUUAAGCUUACUAAGCCUAAGCCUACUAAGCCUAAGCCUACCAAGCCUAAGCCUACUAAGCCUAAGCCUACUAAGCCUAAGCCUACUAAGCCUAAGCCUACUAAACCUAAGCCUACUAAGCCUAAGCCUACUAAGCCUAAGCCUACUAAGCCUAAGCCUACUAAGCCUAAGCCUACUAAGCCUAAGUCUACAAAGAUUGAGUUCACUGAGUCUAAGCUUGCUAAGCCUAUGUCCACUAACUUUAAGUCCAUUAAGCCUAAGUUUACUAAGCCUAAACCUACAAAUCCUAAGUCAUUUGAGGUUAAGCCUAGUAAGCCGAUGCCCAAUCUGUUUGAGCAACGUUUUCUAAGCCUAAGAUGAACACAGCCCAGCCUACUAAACCUAAGUCAUUAAGCUCUAGAUCAUUAUGUUAAGGUCUAUCAUCAUCUUAUCUAAAAUAAUGUUACUACAAAUUUCAGUCCGCAUCGGAAGUAGUAGCUGUACUACUAGCCAUUUUGAAGCUGUUGAUCUACUUCAACUUUGUCAAAGCGGCUCAAUUUGCUUGGGUUGAGGCUUUGUGGUUCAACCUGGACCCAACCUUAAUGACAGCCAUCUUUUGUAUCUUUGGCGUUUUCGACUGCCUACUCCAAAUGUACUUUAUCACCUUGGCAUGGAGAGCAUAUCUAUUCAUGAAGAAGUUCAUCGUUACAGAAUACAAAACCACCGUGGCUACAAUUCAAAGCUUUCAUCAUAAAAAGUAG